UGGGCUUACAUUGUUUCAGACCUACUUACGAAGAAUGAUAAAUUGAUUGAAGUUAAUGGUUCUGAGACAUGGCCAAACAACCAAACAGGGGUUGAAUACGAAGAAUUUGAAUCAACAAAUGAUGAAGAAAAGCAAGAAGUUCCAGAGAAACAAGGCCUACUUACGAAGAAUGAUAAAUUGAAUGAAGUUGAUGGUUUUGAGACAUGGUCAAACAAUCAAACAGGGGUUGAAUACGAAAAAUUUGAAUCAACGAAUGAUGAGGGAAAGCAAGCAGUUCGCCAGAAACAAGCUCAAAUGAUGCAAGCAUACAUGACUUCGGAGGUAGAUCCAUGCGAUGAUUUCUAUCAAUUUGCAUGUGGCAAUUGGGCUAAGCUUAAUCCUAUGCCGACAAACAACAAUUUAUAUAGCAUUUUUGAAAUUCUUUCAACAUCUACAGCUAACUACAUAAAAGACCUCCUAGAACAGCCUACAUCACAUAAUGAACCUUUGGCAUUUACUAAAGCUAAAAAUUAUUACAAGUCUUGUUUAAACUAUGAAACUAUACAAUCAAGAGGAUCAAAACCACUUCUUUCCCAUCUCAGUUCAUUAGGUACAUGGCCAAUGAUUAAUAAUUCAUCGAAUUACGAUUGGAUUUGGUUAGCAGCGCAACUUAGUAAAUAUCACACUGAUAUACUGAUUACUUAUUUUGUUUCACAAGACAAAGUAAUCCCAAGUCGAUACGUAAUAAAUUUAGACCAAACAAGUUUAGGUGUAAUAGAUAGAGAAGAUUUUUUAAAUAGAUCAAAUACAAAGUACUUUGCGUAUAAAGAGUACAUGUUGAAAGUUGCAAAAUUGUUGGGUGGAGAUGAAAAUGUUACUGAAGCGGUGGAAGACAUCCUAACGUUUGAGACACAUUUAGCUAAUAUUUCUUAUCCAGGAAAUGCAAAUCCAGACCCAAGUGAUGUUAAGAAAUUUACUAUAGCAAAAAUUAACGAGUACAUCCCUGAUAUUGAUUUAAAACGUUAUAUUUCAUUGACAUUUAACUUUUCGGGCAACUCAACUGAACAUGUGGUGGUACAUUCUGUUAAGUAUUUUGAAAAACUUGGAGAAUUAUUGGGAAAAACUGAGGCAAAAACAAUAGCCAAUUAUUUGUUAUGGAAACAUAUAAACAUCUGGAUGACGGUUUUGGAUUUUAGAUUUAUGCAGGCUCAGUUUCAGUAUGUAAAUGCACUUUAUGGAACUAUAGAAUUUCCUGAAAGGUCGAAGUUUUGCAUUAGACAAACAACUAAUAAUAUGGGUUUAGCAAUUGGUGCAAUGUUUGUUCAAAAAUAUUUUGAUAAAUCUAACAAAAAUGAUACAAUCGUGAUGGCAAGAAAUAUUCGGAGUGGAUUUAGAGAGGUACUUUUUAACAAUUGCUGGAUUAACAACAAGACAAAACACUUAGCUGAAGAGAAGAUAAAUGCAAUACUGUUCAGUAUUGGAUAUUCAGAUGAUGUAUUAAUCGAACAAAAGCUUGAUGAUUAUUUUAAAGAUGUUAAUAUUGACCCAGUCCUUUUCUUUGAGAAUAACAAAAAUAUUUUUAUGGCCACGGCGCUUAGAGCUAAGAUUGGUUUACCACAAAACAAUUUAGAUUGGUACAUUUCGCCUUCAGAAUCGGGCAGUUAUUACGACAUGAGAAAAAACAAUAUAAAAAUAUCAGCAGCAAUUCUCCAACCCCCCUUCUAUCACAAAUAUUUUCCAAAAAGCCUAAACUAUGGAGGAAUUGGUGUACAAAUGGGUCAUUUGAUGUCACACAGUUUUGAUCAAUUAGGUAUCAAGUAUGAUCAAAUGGCAAAAUUGAAUGAAGAUUGGCAGAAAGCAUUUGAGCAAUUUUCUCAAAAAGCUGCAUGUUUAAUUGAACAGUAUGAUAACCUUAUCAGCGGAGAAUCCAAUAUACAAAGUGAAGAUUUACUUUUCUUUCAUAAUGAUUAUAUUGCAGAAGAUGGGGGGAUUAAGCAGGCCUUUGUGGCUUAUAAAAAAUGGCUAAAUAUACAUGGUGACUAUGAUGAAACCCUUCCUGAGAUGAAUUACACAUCGGGUCAAUUAUUUUUUUUGAACUAUGCACAAGUCUCAUGUUCCUCUGAUAGGUUGCAGCCAUUAAGGAAAGCAAGGGUAAUUGGAACAUUAAGAAACAAUGAAGAAUUUUCAAAAGAGUUCAAUUGCCCUCCUGGAUCACCAAUGAAUCCAAAGAAGAAAUGCUUCUUCUGUUGUUUUCAUUUGACAUUACACAAUUGUUGUUUCUAUGGUAUUAUUUUUGAAAUUACAUAUUUUUUAUGCAGUAGAUUUGAUGCCUUUUUUAGUGGGACAAUGAGGUGUUCCGAACUGAAACAAUUGAAGAAUCUACUGUUGCCGAGAGCCCAGCAGUGUGUACAAUGUGGGUGUUUGAUAUUUUGCAGCUAUCCUAAAAGUAACUUCAAACAGAUGAAGGCAUUAUCGUUGGCUACUCUGGGGAUAGUUCUCCUGCUUGGGGAUUUAUGUCGAACAGGAGCAAAUUGCGCUGACGAUGAAUUAAGUGAAUAUCGAGUAAAGAAACCUGAAGACUUAGAACCGUACGAUGACCCACGAUGGAAGCUAUUCACUAAUUUUGAGACCGACUGCUUUCCACCUUCAUCACCAUAUUACCAAGUUAUCAGAGAAAAAAGGAAUGUACCGAAUGAUUUUGUACCAUCCGAGACGACAAACGUUUUCCAAAAUGAAAGAAUUUUGAAUCAAGAAACAACAAAUAGAGAAUUAAAUAGACAUUCAUUGGGAAAAGAAAGAGAAUCAAUUGAAGCAUCAAACCAAUCCAAAAUAUUGCUUAACUACCUAACUAAACUUAAAUAUUCAGAAAUUGUGUCAAAAGAGGAAGAAGAUAAAGAAAUAGUUCGACAUAACCAAGCAAAAUUGAUGCAAAUGUACAUGGAUACAACAGUCGACCCUUGUGAAGAUUUCUAUCAGUUCGCAUGUGGCAGAUGGCCCAAGCUCAAUCCUAUUCCAAAGGACAAAGGAACUUACGACACUUUUGAAAUCCUCAGGGAGUCACUAGACAACUAUCUAAAAAAUCUUCUUGAACAGCCGAUUUCACCUAAUGAACCCGCAGCAUAUACCAAAGCUAAAAACCUUUAUAAAUCCUGCAUUAAUUAUGAAAUUUUAGAAGAAAGAGGGGCACAACCACUUCUUGAUCUUAUUGAUUCACUGGGCGGUUGGCCACUGCUUAACAAAGAUUGGAAAAGUAGUAAUUUUGAUUGGAUUUGGUUAACAGGACAACUUAGACGAUACAAUAAUGAUUUACUCAUUGCCCAGUGGGUUGGACCAGAUAUAAAAAACUCAAACGAAUAUAUAAUACAUAUAGAUCAAACUACAUUAGGUUUACCAACUAGAGAUUAUUACCUACAGCCAGCAAACGCAGUUUACUUGGAAGCUUAUAAGAACUACUUUGUGAAAAUAGCAACACUUUUGGGAGCUGAUUAUAACAAAGUAACACAAGCUGCAGAAGAAGUUAUUCAAUUUGAAAUCGAUUUAGCAAAAAUUACUAUUGCUCCCGAUGAACGAAGAAACUUGAGUGAACUUUAUCAAAGAAUGACUGUCGGUGAACUUAGAAACUUUAUACCUCAAGUUGAUUGGCAAAGAUAUCUUUCAAUUGUAUUCAACAGACCAUGCAAUUCGACUGAGCAUGUUGUAGUAUUUGCCGUCCGGUAUAUUGAAAACCUAGUAGCUUUAAUGGGCAAAACGGACACUAGAACAAUAGCAAACUAUUUGUUAUGGAGGUUUGUAAGACACCGGGUGAAUAACUUAGAUGAUAGGUUUCAAGAAGCAAAACAAAAAUUUUAUUAUAUACUCUUCGGGAGAGAGGAGUCUCCUCCUAGGUGGAAGAAUUGCGUCAACCAAGUAAACAGCAACAUGGGAAUGGCCGUGGGUGCAAUGUUUGUCCAAAAAUAUUUCGACGAAUCCAGUAAAAAUGAUACCAUGAUAAUGACAAGGGAUAUACAACAAGCAUUUAGAGAGAUACUUUCUAAAAUUAAUUGGAUUGAUGAGGAGACGAAACAUUUAGCUGAAGAAAAAAUAGAUGCGAUAACUCUCCGCAUUGGAUAUCCUGAUUCUGUAUUAGUGAAAGAAGAGCUUGAUGAACGCUUCAAAGAUGUAGAUGUUGAUCCAGGGUUUUACUUUGAAAACACCCUAAGUAUUUUACGACAUUUUGUCCGAAUGGAACAAGCUCAGCUUGGCUCCCCUGUAAACAAGUCGGUUUGGGAUACAGCACCUGCACAAGUAAAUGCUUAUUACUCAAGAAAUAAAAAUCAAAUGAUGUUCCCAGCUGGGAUUCUCCAGCCUCCAUUUUAUCAUAAAUAUUUUCCAAAAUGUUUGAACUAUGGUGGAAUUGGAGUAGUGAUAGGUCAUGAGAUGACACAUGGUUUUGAUGAUAAAGGUAGACUUUUUGACAAAACUGGGAACUUAAAAACAUGGUGGCGUGAAAUAGCAGUCACAAAUUUCCAUGAAAGGGCUCAAUGCAUAAUUGAACAAUAUGGAAAAUUUAUGGUGGAAGAGGCAGGCUUACAAGUUGACGGGAUCAACACUCAGGGCGAAAAUAUUGCUGAUAAUGGCGGGAUUAAACAAGCUUUUUGGGCAUAUCAAAAAUGGUUGGAAAAACAUGGAGACUCCAAUGAAAAACUUCCUGGCAUGAAUUAUACAGCAGGGCAAUUGUUUUUUAUGAACUUUGCCCAAAUUUGGUGUGGUGCGACAAGACCUGCAGCGUCUAGGAACAAACUGAAAACAGCAGUUCAUUCUCCAGGAAAAUUCAGGGUAAUCGGUACAUUAUCAAACAAUGAAGAUUUUGCAAAGGAAUUCAAUUGCCCUCUUGGAUCUCCAAUGAAUCCAAAGAAGAAAUGUUCAGUGUGGUGAAUAAUGCAAUGAAAAUAAAUAAUUUCAAUUCAUUUGCAUCUACAAAGUAAUUUUUUUAAUGGCCAUGUUUUUUUUAAAGAUUUAAUUUUUUUAUUAUUAAUAAUCCUUUUAAGAGACGAUUGAUCAUUGAAAUUUAAUAUAGUGACCUGUACUUAUCAUUUAGUAUUUAAAAUUAGAAAUAAGACAGUUGAAUAUUUUGAGAGUUUUAAUAAGAAAAGCAACGAACCAUUGAUUCAGUGUUUUAUAUAAUCUUCUAUUCGCUUAGUAUGUCUGUUAUUGUUAUUAUAAUUUAUUAAAUAUUAUAUUUUGUGAUAGGACCAAACAAAGAAAAAUAUAAAAAAUUAUAUUUACUCAAAUAAUAUAAUUUUUAUAUAAAUAACCUAACUCCUACUUCAUUAUAUUUAGCACAAUAUUUCAAAACUAUAUAAAAGUGUUAAUCAAUAAACUAGUCAUUAGAAAUUAAACUUUUUAUAUAUGUAUUGUUGUUAUUGAAAUAAAAUAUAAGUUGAUGCUGCUCGUGCUUCCUAAUUGCUUAUAUAUAUUCCUACAUCUG